AUGUUCUACGCGUGGUUCCAAACUAUUCCAGAUCGUUCCAUGACAGUCGAACGGUGGUCUCAAGACCUGGAAGAUUAUGUCAACGUCCUCUAUCAUGAUCAGUGGAAGAAUUCGAACCCACUUCAGGAGGCUCCGGGUAUCAUGGAGAACUACAAAGAGGAUCUCCUCUUCAGCAUGGAGAGACUCAGCCAGAACCCCUACCCACUCCGACAGGUUAAGGCCAACGAGGAACUGCCCUUUAAGGUCGACGAUGAUCUUGUAAAGAAUAUUGCGGGAGAUUCGCUUAAAGACCUACAAAAGGACGGAAAGCUGUUUGUAGUCGACCACAAGUACCAGGCCGACCUGGAGAAGACCACAUACGAGCCCAAGCGGUACGGUGCUGCUUGUACAGCAUACUUCCUCAUCGACCACUCAGGUAAAUUCCUGCCGCUGGCCAUCAAGACCAAUGCAGGAAGCGACCUCAUCUACACGCCGAAAGACUAG